AUGUGGUCGGAUAGACACGAGGGCCAAGCAGGCGGUUAUUUAACCAUAGAGACGAAACUCGUCAAGUCGUUACGAGAGAACGAGAGAAGCGCGCGCAGGGGAAGGAAGCGGAAGAAGGACAAUCAAGAACAGAUCUUCAUAUACGAGCUUGAGCAGAAGGACGAGGAUGACGACGAUGAUGACAGCGGUGAUGAAGAUGAUGACGACACGAGAGAGAUGAGACCAUGUGGUUUGAUGGAUCCGCCCUGGUGA